AUAUGACAUGAGGAUGAAACACCCUAGGAAAGUUAGUGGCUUGAAAUUAAAGUCAUACAAAUACUGUAAAUAAAGAAAGUUUGAAUAAAAACAAAGAAACUAUAAAUUAGAAAAUGCACAUUUCAAUUCUUGAAGAUCACUCACCUAUUAAAUACAUAUGAUAGAAGUUAGGUUAUCCAGUCAUUUAUUCUUGUAUUUGUAUUACGCACAGGAGCUGAAACCAUUAGACGCAACUUUUCAGCUUGCAUUGUAUUCAAAACGAUGCUAUGAAAAACUACAAAGGCUGUUCAAUUGGUAUGAGGAGGAGCAUGGAAAGCCAAUAAAGCAGUCUGUAAGUACAAUGUAUAUGAUUGAAUGCUUUGCUUGUUCAAAUUGUAGGCCUAUAUUGACAAUAUUGUAUUCACUAGCACAGCUAUCAAAGCUGCACUUUGUAAAAUUGUAUAUUAAAGUAGGUACACUUUUCUACAGCAAGAUGAAUAUAAAUUGCUAUAUAAAGUAGCUUAAAUCGACAUUCCACUUACACAUAUAACUGUAGAAUUAGGAUAUUUUUGUAUGGUUAUCAUAAUCAAAACUGGUAUGAUAGUUUUGACAUAGUCAAAGGGUAUAUUAAAGGCAAAUAGUGCAAUCAACAGGUGAUGAGAUCUCAUCUCUCCACCACGGAAAGAAGCAAACUACAUGUAUCUACCCUUGACAUUGCAGGCGUAUUAUGUUCUGUCCAACAGGUGUUUCUUGCUUUAAACAUGUGCAGGCAGAGUGCCUUUUAAUUUGUUUUCUUGUCCAAAACGGUCCCUAGAGCGCCAAUGCACUCCCUCCUCCUCAAACAUGUAGACUAUCGUGAUGAUAGCUGCUUUACAUGUAGUACUGAUUCUAAUUAAAUGGUUUCAGAUUUAUUUUUCUUCUGUAAUUUAGCAUCAGACUGGUGUGUAAUCAUAAGACGGCAUCAACUUAUGGCCCUGCCACGCUGAUUUUGAACAAUGAAACAGCAGUCCUCCUGGAUUACUAUGUGAAGGAGCUGCGAGUCUGUACACAAGGAUACGUAAUGCUCACCAAUAAUAUCGAGAAAAGAUAAAAGGAGGAACCCGUCAGCAAACCAGGUAGAAAUCGCUGCAGCUUGGCAAACAGAUAAAAUGAAACAGAGUCUAUUGUUGUCGACGAUUCAAAUGGUAAAUAUAUAGUCUAAUACAUUUCCGGAAAUAUGUUAAUGCAUACUCAUUUUACAUGCAUGUAUUUUUAUGAAAUCAAAACAUUCUAUUGCGGUAAUGAAGAAUACUACGUCUCUUGUAGAUAUGGUGUAUUUGAAAUUCUACACUUAUACAGGUACUUAUACUUCCCAUACAGCUCAGCUUUUGAUAGUAGGGGGAGGUCAACAGAAUGUGCCUGGUCUCCCAAAGGCGAUAUUUGAGAGUUCGUGUUACCGCAUUCUAAUGGAGACAUAUCCCAUACCGAAGGAUGAAGUCGUGUGUUUCGUACAAAAUACAGGUGAGUUACCAAUCGACAGCGAAAUAUUGGUUUAUUUUAGUCGUGCAGUCGACCAAGUUGUCAAAGAGGUGUGAUAUGAAAUACAUAUUCUUGUAGAAAAUUAAUAUAUUCAGUAGGGGGAGGCCUGAAACUUGUUUGUUUUAGAUUUCUAAUAGAAAGCUGUCAUUGCAUUGUAUUUUUAAGACAUUUUCUUUUGGAAACAAAUUCACAAAUCAUUACACCAGAUAAUGAGUUAAAAACAUUAGGCACGAUUUGUAUCUCCAUGUCAGACUAAAAAAACACAAUCUUUGGUUAAAUUUGUAAAAAAAAAAUUCAGCAUGCAUUAUGUGCAAUCUCUUUGCUUUCAUUGAUUAAAACAAAUCAAAAUCAUGCUGUUUAUAAUUAAUAUUAUGGUGUGCAGUUAAAUGGAAAAAUAAUCAAAUAUUGAUUAGAGUUUGGGGUGGAGGAGGGGGGGAGAGGUAUACAACCAAAUAUAUUUAUCAAAUUUGAUUUUUGAUGUCAUAUUCCCAGUUAUUUUGUUGAGAAUACUACUACUAAUUGGAAAAUAUACAAUGUUUAUUUGAUUUUUUUCAUAGAUUCAAAGAAAGAAUCUGAUUCCAAUCAUAAUUAAUGAAAGUGCAUUUCUUCAUUGCUUUGCAGGUACUUUUGACGAUGAGGCAAGGACAAUGGACAGAGUGUCAAGGAGUCUCUGUUGGUUCACUGGAGAAGCAAGUCACGAAGAACCCCUGCAAGUUCUAGUUCUGAUGAUUAGGAAUUUAUAGAAUACUCAUAACUAGUCAAGGUUGAAUUUGUGCUUGUCAGGCAUGUUCAAAUUGUUUUGAAAGUUAAUGUUUUCGACAGACAAUUGACCAUUGUUUCUGUACCAGAUAGAUAGUGGAAUUAAGAGAUGAUGAGAUCUAUCCAGGCAGCCCUGACAAUCACAACUGGUAUGAUGGUUUAGACAAAGUCAAAGGGUAUAGGGCAGAUACAUGUAAGGGAAUUAACAGGUGAUGAGAUCUAUCCAGGUAGACCUCACAAUCACAACUGGUAUGAUGGUUUAGACAAAGUCAAAGGGUAUAGGGCAGAUAGUGGAAUUAACAGGUGAUGAGAUCUACCCAGGUAGCCCUCACAAUCACAACUGGUAUGAUGGUUUAGACAAGUCAAAGGGUAUAGGGCAGAUAGUGGAAUUAACAGGUGAUGAGAUCUAUCCAGGUAGCCCUCACAAUCACAACUGGUAUGAUGGUUUAGACAAAGUCAAAGGGUAUAGGGCAGAUAGUGGAAUUAACAGGUGAUGAGAUCUAUCUAGGUAGCCCUCACAGUCACAACUGGUAUGAUGGUUUUGACAAGUCAAAGGGUAUAGGGCAGAUAGUGGUAUUUAAAAGGCAAGUAUGUACAAAUGACAUUCAGGAGGCUGUGUGGUGCAUUCCAAUUUUUAUUCUUCCUUCUAUUAGGUGCAGGUGGAAUCAGAUCUGGAGGAACAAGGUGAUGAAAUCAAUGACCACUUUGAUUCUGAUGAUCCUAGUAAACUACUUGAUAGCUUGUUUUUGUCUACUGAUUAACAUCAAAAGCUCCUCUCCGCAGAGGAAGAGAGGGACUUGAAAGCGAAGUUUCUAACUUAAGGCAAGUUCAAGCAUCUCAGAAUGUGCAGGAGCUGAAACCAUUAGAGGCAACUUUUCAGCUUGCAUUGUAUUCAAAACGAUGCUAUGAAAAAUUACAAAGGCUCUUUAGUUGGUACGGAGAAGAACAUGGAAAACCAAUGAAGCAGUCUGAUAUUGGCCAAUAUCCGACUUUAAAGGUUGGCAGUUAUUUUUCAGUCAAAGGGGGAACAGUGGACAAAAUGAUGAACAAAAUCAGUGUUGGUGGUAAUAGCAAGUUUUUCCCAGUAACAAAGGCCUUUGAAGUGAACAAAGAAGUACUAGACAGAUUUUAUAACCCUCCAGUGGUUCGUUUGGGAGAUAUCAAAGAUAGUCCGAAGAAGAGACGAAUAACCUUUGAAGGACGUGUUGGUCAGGAUUCUAGAGACUGUAAUAGUCUUUCUUGGUUAAGACAUGAAGAGAAUAGAUGGUAUCCACAGCAAUGUCUGGCAGGAGGGUGUCUGGAGUCAAGAAAGCCAUGCUGA